CCAUUCUUUGUCGACAUUCCGAACUCCGAGUUCGCACCUGCAAACAUUCCUACACUUGUCCUCUCUGCUCUUCGAGGGCCGCCAUGCCGGAUUUCAAUCCAAGGAGAGCAUUAGGAUCUUGAAAGCAGUCAGAGAUUUGCGCAAAGAUCUCACCUUUUUCUGUUUUUUUUUAUUCAUUUUUUAUUUAUUUUAAUGGCUUCUUUGGAUUGGAGAUUCCUGCUGUUCUUUGGGUUGUUGUGGUUUGGAUUCUCUGCUGCGCAAGUGCCUGUCUUGCUUUCCAGCUAUAGCCACCCGGAGACAUGGCUUCGGCCUUAUGAUUGGGCUUAUUUGAGAGUUGAUCUUCCCCCUUGGUUCUCUUCCAUGGUAGUUACAUUUGUUUCAAAUGUAAACAUUGAUAAGGAUAGUGCAAGACUUGUUCCUAAGAGUAAGCUUCCUGUAAUAUGCCUCAAAAGCGGCAGCCCUCCGCUUCUGGAUAUCUCAAGCACUUAUCCCACCGAUUUAUUGUUAACUUUUCCCCUUAAUGGAUCUUUUGGAGCUUUCUAUAAUCUCAGCAGUUUGGAUCUAUGCAUCCCAUUUCAAGAAAACUUAACCCUGACAUUAACCAAUGAGCAGAUAUCUCCGGGAGUUUUGUACUUUGGUUUCUUCAACGGCCUUGGACCUGAACGUACACAAUCAAAGAUGAUUAGUCGAGGCCAAGCAUACAAGUUCAGUGCCAGGAUCAAUGUAGAAGGGUGCACUACCUCAACAAUAUGGGGUCCGUACUGCAAUCAGACAAUUGAUUCGCCGUUUUGUUCGGAAACUUCUAUUUUCAAGAAUGUAAGAAAUCUCUUAGGGUCGCAGUUAUACCAUCGGAUAGGAAGUUUGAACCAUCCGGUGAGCAGCAAAAGCCGUUUAGGUGGUGUGGUCGUCCGGAAACAAGAGGCAUCAAAUGCCAGCAGUGUGUUUGUGACAGCAGAAAGUCUAAUCACAUGCAACAAUUCUUUUCAAUCUUCAUGCAUUGGAUAUGGUGAAUUUAAGUACUAUAGUUUGGAUAUAGUUGGUAUGACGUCGCAGUUCACUAUUAUGGCUACUGAGUUCAAAUUGAGCGGAAUGCUUCUUAUGUGUUAUGCUCGAUACAAUGCAAUGCCACUUCAUACUACUUAUGAUUACUCUGCUGAUAUAAGCAAGGAUUCUCUAAUUGUGAAAUCUCCAAAAAUUGGGCGUUGGUAUAUUGCAGUUCAAGCUGUUAAUCAAUCGAGCACGUACUCAAAUUCCAGUGUUUGUUUUUCAUUUAUGUGGCAGUUGCAAGAAUGCCUUGACGGAAAGGCUGGAGUCAAUUGUACAUGGGAUUUGCACAAGCUUCAGAGAAUUCCAAGAAGAGGUUCGGGUGUUCCUUAUGAAUCUUAUUAUUUGCCUGUUGAUGAAAAUGAGUCUAUCACAUCAUCUCCUUUUUCUAUGGAGUCCCUUUUGAGCAAUGCUUCGGUUAACAAUGUUUCUUGGACAUACUUCUCUCUGGAAAUUCCACCGGGUGCCGCUGGAGCUAAUAUGCAUGUCCAGUUGACCUCGAACACACAAGUUAAUUAUGAACUGUUUGCCAGAUACGGUGGGAUGGCAUCUAUCGAUAAUUGGGAUUAUUAUGCAAACAGUACAAGCAGCCGCAAUGGGUCAAUGAUUUCUGUGAUAGAUGAUUCAGAUAAAGGGCAAAUUAACUUCUAUAUCUUGUAUCCCCGGGAAGGAACUUGGAGCUUUGGAUUAAAGAAUACUCCUGAAACCCGUCAGAAAUCUGAGACUGCCAUGUCCAUCGCUCUUGUCGGAUGUCCAAGGCAUUGUUCUUCUAACGGGGAUUGUCGGUAUUCUGUUGAAGGAAGCGGAUUUACGUUUAUAAGUUAUUGUUGGUGUGACCGUGAUCAUGGAGGGUUUGAUUGCAGUGAUGUGCUCGUCACUCGUCAAGGGCAUAUUUGGCAGUCAAUCUUUCUCAUAGCCUCAAAUGCAGCUGCCAUACUUCCUGCAUAUUCCGCUCUUCGACAAAAGGCAUUUGCAGAAUGGGUGCUUUUCACGUCAAGUGGAAUUUCGAGUGGAUUGUAUCAUGCUUGCGACGUGGGCACGUGGUGCGUUCUCUCUUUCCGUGUAUUACAGUUUAUGGACUUUUGGCUUUCUUUCAUGGCUGUUGUAAGCACAUUCAUCUACAUGACCACAAUUGACGAAUCAUUGAAAAGAUCCAUACACACUUGCAUGUCGAUUUUCACUGCUCUCUUAGCUGUGACUGGUGCAACCAGAUCAGCAAAUAUCACUCUUGUCGUAGCGAUCGGUACUCUUGGUCUCAUCGUUGGAUGGUUAUUAGAGUACUCAACAACAAAUAGAUUCCGAUGCUAUUCUCUGCCAGAACUUCACUUGAAUAUGCCCGAAAGAUGGCUAAGUGUGAGAAACUGGUUUCAUAAUCUUAUAAAUACUCUGCGAAGGAGAUUCCGAUGGCUGUAUUUGUUAUCGGGAUUUGUUGCUUUAGCGGCCGCUGCCAUAAGUUGGAAACUCGAAACCAAUCAGAGUUACUGGAUUUGGCACAGCUUAUGGCACAUCACAAUAUACACGUCGUCCUUUUUCUUUCUAUGUUCAACUGUUUUGAAGAGCACUGAUGAAGAUGAACAACCGCAUUACGAACUUACACGGCAGAACUCCGCCUCAAGACUCGAAUAAAAAAAGCAUAGUUCUCAUAAACGGAAUUCCAUGCUCUCCAUGGUAUUUAUCGUGUUGAGCUAUAAUCAAAUGAGAAUUGAUCACGGCACUAAAAGGAAUUAUCGUUGUUUACAAUGUUGACAAGCAGUCUGCUGGAAACCAGUGAAGACUGUUAAGCAGAAAUAUCAUAAGGCGCGAUGUCGCUUGUAUAUAUCAUAACAAAUAUUGUGAUUCUUCAAUUAUAUGCCAACAUUUCUAUGUAGAGUGAAUUGUAUUAUUAAUUCAAUGGAAAUCAAAUAAAUGCAAUCCUUCAUUUCUA